CAAAAUUCCAGUUCAACUCUAACCGGCUAGAAAGUAGCUCCCCAUCUGUGGGCUAAACAAAUGACACGAUGUGCAUGCGAGCCAUCACUGCCAUCUUGACGUUCAUGCUUCAUGACACCUACCUACACCUUUGAGUAUUAAAAUGAAAUGAAAUAAAGUAAACGACAAACUGUCAGUGUGUGUUAAAAGAGAUGACACCAGCCUAUGUGGCUUUGAUAUCAACAUUUUGGUUUCAUGAGAAGCUCCCAGAGCUGAAACUGUGUUGCGAUGGGUUCAAAACUUCACUGAAGUUGAGUCAGAUCUUGUCAUCAUGCUUCCCUUUGCAAAGCUUAAUCUAAGUUUGUUUCAAUUGAUCUCCCAGUUUACCUGAUUGAUAUCCAUAGACUCUCAGCUCAGCAGGUGAUUAUUUAUUAUAUAUUUUACAGACCUGUCUGCCAGAGCGAGAGAGAUAGAGAGAGAAAGAGAGAGAUUGGUAAUUAAACAAACGAAGCAGGCUGUGAUUAAUGGGAUAAUUCAGUCGGCUAAUCCGGUUGUCUUUACUGUAAUCCUCGCCAAUCUGAGUUCCACGUUGAGCACUGAACCGGCGAUGGACUCGUGCUUGAGAAAGAUCGGAGAAACGAGGCGAGCACAUGAGAGUCAUAUGAACUCAGCUGACUUAAAGACUUUGGGAGUUUCAGAGCAGAGUGAAGAGCUGGGGGAAAACGUCUUUGGAUCAGGACCGGGGCCAAAGUGGUGGGCCGUAGUUUAACGUGGUCUUGAAGUGAAGAGACAAUGAGAGUUCACGCACACACCAAGUUUUGCUUUCUCUGCGUCUUCACCCUCCUGUUCCAUCAAUGCACCCAUUGUCAUGAAAGCGGCCAUCAUCACCACCACCACCACCACAGUAAUGAAAAUGACCACGACCAUGACCAUGACCACGACCACGACCACGACCAUGUCCACGACCACGUCCAUGACGACCACCAGAUAUCAAGGGAGUCCUACGUGAGCCCACCAGUUCUUAUACCUGGGAAUCAGAAAGAAGCUGCAGAGCAGGAGCAGCAGUACUACAUUCAGCAGCUGUUCCGCCGCUAUGGCCAGCAGGACCGGCUCGAUUUUCGAGGCUUCCAGAACCUUCUGCUAAGCCUGGGACUAGGCAAAGUGCGUGUAGUGGAGCUGGAUCAUGAAAACCUGGGACAUGACCAUGUGGCCCAUCUGGACCUUCUAGAGGUGCAGGAAGGCCUGCAUUCGCAUUCAGCUGGUCAUCCGCACUCACAUCAUAACCAUCACAACCAUCACCAUCACUCCCAUGGAGAGGCUGAUGGAAGCUCAUGUAGUCCAAGUCUUACUGCAGUAGCCAGACCUACUGUAGAGAGCAAACCUCAUGGACGGUCAGGCAAGGAUGGUGACCAUAACCACGAUCAUGAUCAUGACCACGAUCAUGACCACCAUGUACAUGAUCAUAAACCUGAGCAUGGCAGUACACAGACUCAAAGCGUUGAUUAUGACCACACACAUAACAGUCAUGAACACUCUCAUGGUCACUCACAUGACCAUGACCAUGAACAGGACAAUACUCAAACUGAAACACCUGAUCAUGAUCAUACACAGGACAGUCUGGAGCACUCACAUGUUCACUUGCAUAACCACACAAAGGAACAAACCAGUGAGCAAACAGAGGAAACCAAUGAUCUCACUGGACCAUCUUUAGAUCGCACCUUCCCCAGUAGCCAUGAAGAUAAGACGCAGCCUCAUCAUCAUGGGCAUCAUCACCAUAAACACCCUCACCCUCACCACUACCACCACACUCCAGACACUGUAACACUGAACCUUACUCAAACCACCUCGGCAUCCCUUCCGAUAAGGGAUUCUGAGGCGCUCUCUCACCAGCCCUCCAGUCAGACUCCUACAUCAGCUCCAAAAAGGAUCAGGAGGCCACAAAAGGGUAAAGGACAACGUGGGCGAAACAGAAUGCCCAACCCUACUGUCGGCUCUGUGGUGGCUGAUAGUGGGAAUGGCCAUGAUCACGAACAUGAUCACGACCAUGACCACCAUUUGCACCAUCAAGGGCAGGCCAGCAAAGAAAAGCGUGCAGUACCAGAAGAGACUGUGAACCCAAACACUUCUUCAACUGGUCGGUUUGAAGACGUUCCUCACCAACAUGAGGAGUGUCUAAAUCUCACCCAGCUGCUGCACCACUACGGCUUGAGUCCCGACUCGUUCAUCUCCCCAGCACAGUUCACCUACCUAUGUCCUGCCCUCCUCUAUCAGAUAGACAGUCGCCUCUGCAUCCGCCAUUAUCACCAGGUCGACAUUGAGGAAGCGCCUCCAACCUCAGCAUGGAUCUGGAUGUGUGGCUUUGUGUCCAUCACCGUGAUCAGCCUGCUGUCCCUGCUGGGUGUCGUGCUGGUGCCCAUCCUCAAUCAGUCCUGCUUCAAGUUUCUGCUCACCUUCCUGGUGGCGCUGGCAGUGGGCACGCUGAGUGGAGAUGCCCUCCUCCAUCUGCUGCCUCACUCUCAAGGAGACCACGACCACAGUCACAGUGAGCACGAGCAUGAGCAUGAGCAUGGAGAGGAGCACAGGGAUCUGCUUACAGAGUUUGACGGCGUGUGGAAGGGUCUGACAGCGCUGGCAGGAAUCUACCUCCUGUUUAUCAUUGAGCACUGCAUCAGGAUGGUCAAACAGUACAAAGACCAAGGGGGUGGCUUCUUUCAGAGGAAAAAGAGAGGCAAGGAUGGGACGAUUGGGAAGAAGCUGUCGGAUCACAAACUAAACAGGCGCUCAGAUGCAGAAUGGAUGCAUUUAAAACGUUUAGAUGAGGCUUCCCAGAGCGCCACUCCGAUGAUGGAAGUGCAGCCUCCAGAUUCUCCCAGCAAGACGCCACUGGCCAUUACGGACACGGAGCACACCGAAGACGCCGAGGUAAACGGCAAGAAGGCCAAAACAAAGAAGCACGGCCAUGGACACUCGCAUCACGGCCACUGCCAUUCAGAGAAGGAAAUGAAAGAUGCAGGCAUCGCUAGCAUAGCCUGGAUGGUCAUCAUGGGAGACGGCAUGCACAACUUCAGUGAUGGAUUGGCUAUAGGUGCUGCAUUUAGUGCCAACAUUACAGGUGGCAUCAGUACAUCUGUUGCUGUCUUCUGCCAUGAAUUACCUCAUGAACUGGGUGACUUUGCAGUGCUGCUGAAGGCCGGGAUGACAGUAAAGCAGGCUAUUGUGUAUAACUUGCUGUCGGCUCUCAUGGCCUACUUCGGCAUGGUGAUCGGCAUGGCCGUGGGUCAGUACACACACAACGUCACAAGCUGGAUUUUCGCCGUAACGGCUGGCAUGUUCCUGUAUGUUGCCUUGGUGGACAUGUUGCCUGAGAUGCUGCACAACGAUAACGAAGAUCACAAACGCUGCCAGCUGGGACACUUUGUCUUGCAGAAUGUAGGCAUGCUCACAGGCUUCGGCAUCAUGCUGCUCAUCGCCAUCUUCGAGGACCGCAUUGUGUUCAACUUCAACUUCUAGCUACGUCUCCACGCUGGCAACGUCCUCCUCCGGAAAACAUGGCACAGAGCGUCCUCCUGUCUCGUUCAUGUCCUUGUGUCUUCAUUUGCUCUCCAAGAGGGCCUCGGUGGCUUAUGGUGGACAUGCAGACAAGAACAUUUACAAUUUGGCUACAUUUUCCUCCCUUUCCAGUAAGGGUUUAAAACCCGAGUAAGCACAACACAGAUGCAGAAACACAGACCUCUCUCUCUCCCACUUUCUCUCUCUCUCUCUCUCUCUCUCCCUCCCUCCCUCCCUCCCUCCCUCCCUCCCUCACACUUACUCUAACUUCAAAAGCUCAAAGUGCAUGUCCCAGUGCUUGUCUUAAUGUGGUAUCAGUAUCCUCUAAAUAUCACUACAUAUCGGUGAGAAUGAAGUCCCCGAUUUGAAGGAGUAUCCCUUUAAUAUCAUGAUGGACAGACUGUUGAGAGAGGCAGCUAGUGCAGCCAUCCAUCCAUCCAUCCAUCCAUCCAUCUAUCCAUCCAUCCGAGUGUAGUAGUCCAGUAAGAAGAGUCGUGUUCAUUCGUUAGCGCACUUGCAAGCCCAUUCAUGAAGAAAUGUGACGUCUCUUGCUGUGUUUUGUCUCGUGUUGUCCAGCCAUCGUUGUGCUAAAGCACAAAGUAGGAGCCGCAAAAAAAAGAAAGAAAAAUGUACACAAUUUACAUUACUGUACCAGGCUUAAAAGAGAAAAAAAAAAAACUCUCACAACUGUCCUAGUGUGCUUUUCCAGCAACAGUUGCAUAGAUUUGCUUGCGUUUCAUUAUGCGGUGAGGAAGUACACUACAUUGAUCACUCCCUGCAAAUCCUUUCAUCAGUAAAUCCAUCAGCUGAGUAUUAGUCCAAAAAAAAAAAGUGUACAGUGUUAGAAUCACGUAACAGCAAGGUGGAGUUACUAUGCGGUAGUAUUUUGUAAACUGUGAUACUUUGGGUCAGCCAGAUCACUACACAAGGUAUUUAUUUGUUUGUGUUAAUCGUCAUGGCCACAGUUUUCUCAUCGUUUUUUUUCCACAUAUAUUUUUUUAAUUAAUCAGUUUAAUGCUGUUUGUCGGUUAAGUUCAUGGCCGUUAUUCCACUCUUUGUUUCAGCUUGUUGUACUGGUCAAGUCAAGGUAUUUCCACGUCACCCAGGGUGCUGACUCUUUCAUCAUGACACUCGAUCAGAAACGGUUCUUUGCCAGCGGUUACUAGGUUUAGCAUAAAUUCACCUUAGAUUUAACACUUCGACAAUCCAAACUCUCAGUUCAUUAUCCAAGCCCCAGGUUGUAAUGUUAUAAAUUAGGCUAAUUUGCACUUGCUGAGAUGUUUCAUUUCCUUGUAAACUAAAACAAAUGAUGGAUAUAUAUAUAUAUAUUUUUAUUAAUUUGCUGCAGUACUGUAUGUAAUGCUGUUUGGAAGAGGCUAAACCACUUGCACUGUAUUCUUGGACUUUCCCACUGUACAUUCCAUGGGCCGUGUGUCUGCUGCUCGAUCAGCUUCCCCAAUGACAGACACUCCUGUUAUGUGAUCUCUUGAAUGUAUAUAAAGAUCAGUCGCCUUCAUUUCGCCAACAUUCUCAACUAGACCUGAAACAUGCAUGUGGCAUGAGCUAAAUGGAACAAACUUGUUUUUUUUUGUUUUGUUUUGUUGUUUUGUUUUGGUCUGUGUUUGAUUUCUAUUAAAUAGAGUAAGAUGUA